AUGUCCCUUCAGUUGGUUGAUCGAUCAGUUAAAUAUCUUAUAGGUAAAUUAGAAGAUAUUCCGAUUAGAAUCGGCCAACUCUAUAUUCCUACAAACUUCGUAGUAAUGGACAUUAAUAAGGACGACGAUAUUCCUAUUCUUGGUAGGCCAUUCUUAUCAACUAAAGGAGCCAUGAUAGAUGUCAAGAGAGGAAAAAUGACUUUUGAAGUAGGUGACGAGAAAGUCGAGUUCAUCCUAUCCAAAUCUCUGAGAGCUCCCGUCAUAGAUGACUCAUGUUGUGGUAUUGACAUUAUCGUUGAAUGUAUCAGAGAAUUGGACAAGGAGGAACCUAUCGAUACAAUAAACUACCCUUUACACCUAUAA